AUGGUGCUCUCGCCCGUAGAAUUAGAAGAGAUAGGAGGCACGAUGCUUCAAAAUGACCUCUAUCGAGAGUUCAAGCGGCGACAAGUGUCCAUGUUUCCCCUGGCUUGCGCUAUCGGUACGGACUCAUCAUCGGUUUCUGGUGCCGGCCGGGCCAGGGGAGGCCCACGGAGCCUGCUCAUCAGUUACAACUUGGUAGGGGCUACGGUUUUCUUUGUCAUGACUGCCUUGGGAGAGAUGGCCAAAACGAUCCUGCCCAUGAAGAAAGGAUUUGGAGAAUACGCCAUACGCAAGAUCGACCCAGCCUUUGCUUUUGCAAUACCUUCUGGAUGGGCAAGAGGCUACUUUCUGGGCUCGUGGGCCAGCAUGUGCCAGGCUUGCUUUGCAUACGCUGGGACUGAAGGUGUGAGCAUGACUUUUGGAGAGGUCCUUAACCCCCGGAAGACCAUUCCUCAUACCGUGAGACAGACAUUCCUGAGGAUCGUCUGCUUUUACAUCCGAGGCGUGAUCGUGCUGGGCAUGUGCGUACCCUACGAUAACGAGCGACUCGUGGGCAUUACGAAAACAGCGACCAGUGCAGCUAGGAUCGGCGUGUUCCUCGAGAUCAUCAAUGCCGCGCGGUUAGUAUUUAUCCUGAGCGCUGCCAUAACUAAAAUAUACGUCGCGUCAAAGUGUGUCUACGGCUAA